GCGUCGGCCGCGCCGUGGGCGAUGGAGGCGAGGGCAGUGUGUGAGAUUUUGAAGUACAUAAUUAUUCACUGGAAACGGGAAGCAGCAGAAGUCAGCCAAGAAGCACUGUUGGAAGGGGAGCUGCUUAUUUCCAUUGAAGAAUCAAGUUCAAAACAUCGAGCAGACCCUUUUCAUUAUGUGACAACCAAAAUUCAGUCACUGUUGUCGGGAUUCUCUGGGAAGUUGACUUGGCCUUCAGAGGAAGCUCGCUGUUCCCAGGACCUGUCAGGGUUGGCAUCUUUCCACAUGAGAUUUGAGGUUGAUGAAAAGCCCACACCUUUGAUGACAGACUGUCUGGUUAUAAAGCAGUUCCUGCACAAAACCAGUAUAGUUCACCCAAAGGUCAGAUUUCAUUUCUGUGUGAAGGUGAAUGGAGUCCUCUCCAAGGAAACCUUCGGGGUAGAAAAGGAGCCCAUGGUGAAGCUUCGAAAUGGGAUCGGCUUGCUUACCAGUCAGCACCACUAUAUGAGGCCAGGAUCUCCUGGGGCUCAGCGAGUCUGCAGCCGAAUCCACCCUGUGCUGGGGCAGCCAGUUGUGCUCUUCAUUCCUGAUGAGGGAGCCGACAUGGGCUUAUGGGGGGAACUGACCCUCACUCCAGCAGCUGCUCUGUGUCAUUGCUGCAAGCUUCACGCCAGCCAGACUACCAGGAUCUCCAAAGCCUUUGUAUUUCUGUACGGGCCUUCAGGUCUGCCUCUCGUAUUUCCAAAUCAGGAGCAUCCAUUAAGUGUCUUCAGUGAUGAUUCCUACCUGUUUGACUGGAAGAAACAUCACUUGUGCGCAGCACCCAGCUCGAAUGUCGGUUUGCAAGAAGAUUUGGUGCUUCCUGAUGUGAGUUAUUGGAUUGAGUCCCAUGGGAGGAGCCAGCCCCCAGACUUGGAGGACUUGGCGGACACAGAGAAGCAAGCUCUGCUGCUCUUUCUCCUGGUAGAUUUCCACAGUGGGUUUCCAGCCGAUUUGACAGAGGCCUGGGGGAUGCAGUCUUUGCUUCUAACUCAUCUCAAUAACAUCCUACUGGAGAACCGUAGCCUAGUACAGGGCGCUGUGCAGAUGGCUGUGGACGAGGCUUUGGGGCAGCACCACAGGGUAGUAAAGGCCCAACAGAAGUUGCAGGUGUCCGUCCCAGUGGCCGUGAACUCCAUCCUCAGUAUUGUGGCUGGCAGCACCAGCAAUAGCUUUCGUGCGCGUUGUCUCCAGACUCUUCAGGCAGCCGACACCCAGGAAUUGAGGAUGAGGCUUCUUGAAGGCUUUCACCGAACUCUUCACCAGAGGUUCCUGCACUCCACCUGUGACCCGCACACACUGCCUCCUGAGCCAACCAGCAGCCAGGACAGGGAGGAUGGGGACCAGAGCCUUGAGGAGCCAGUCCCAGGGAGCUGCUGUCCGGGAGCCGCUCCGAGGCCCAAGAGGCGCUGCCCAGGAGCGGGGGAGGUGAGGCCGGCCCGGGAUGCCCCCGGGAUGCCCCCGCUGAGCCGCAGCGGGGCCAGCCAGCGCCCCCAGGCCAAGGGCUGGGCCAGCUCGGAGACCCGCGGGGAGGACACGCUGUGGCUGCAGGAGGUGUCCAACCUGUCCGAGUGGCUGAGCGCCGGCCCGGCCGGCCCGGACCCCAGGGAGGCAGCCUCCGGCCCCGGCUUCUUUCAAUAAAGGCGCCCGCCCGUCAGUCGCUGCGCCGGUC